AUGAGGGCUCUUAAACUUCAGCUCGACUACGUUCUGGCGAGGAACAUUCCUCAGUCAGAUAUCCGAAAAGAGAGAGAGCUAGAGCUGCUUGGGACGUCGCGUUCGACUCUGACCACCGUUCAGUUCUUCUCAGCUUCAAGAUACAGUUCCACAAACAAGAGAAACCGAGGAAUUCCUCUUCAACCGAAAAUUGACGUGGCAGGUCUGAAAGACGAAGAAUGCAGAACGAAAUUCCGCCAACGUGUGUCUAUUCAUGUUGGAGUAUGGAUCAGGAAGGAGCUUAGCGUUGCGGAUUCCUUCACAAAGUGCAUCCUGGACCCUGGAAGGGAAACGCUCCCGGUUCUAUUGCCGCGGAAGAAGUUUGUCUUUGCAUCUGCGGAAACAAAAUCCACGUACAAUUCUGUGUCACGCGCAGAACUGGUGACUUCAACCAGGAAAAGCGUCUUAGAAGGAAGUUGCGUUGUCGACUUCAACAAGGCCGCGAUAAUGAGUGGACGUCAAGAGCGAUGGAGUUUGAAUAGGCGUGGGAGGACAAGAACCCGUGGAAAGCCUAUGCUUUACUAA